UAAUUAAAAAAGAGACCGAAAGAUCUUGGCAUAAAGUCUGGAAAAAGUGUCACAAUUUCCCUAGUUGUUGUCGUAAAGUUGACAGCAAAGAAUGGCGAAUCAAUUCAAGAUUUUCACUGUUAUAGCUCUGUUAGCAGGUGCUUCAUAUGCUUUUCAGGAGGAUGAUUUCUUGGAUGGACAGUUGACCCUGGUGGUGGAGGAUGCGCUGGAGGGUGGACCAGAACCUGUCUUUUCUCCUCGCUCUACAAUCCACGUCCGCUCUGUAAAAUCUGGGAAUGCUGUGGUAACACAUACAAGACAGUGGAAUCCCGAGUUGCACAAUAAGUUGAAGAUACUUGCAGAAAAAAAUGAUUUUUAUCGAGUUCGUGUUUAUCACAAGGGAUCAGAGGAAAGAGGAUAUGUAUCAACCUUUACCAGAGCUUGUCAGGUAUAUGAGAGUGGCCUUUCUGAGACCCUAAGCAUGAUGGUGGACAGUGCUGGCACCUGGGUUGUCGGCGUGGGCCUCAUCCCCCCUGUGGCUGUGUGCCAGGGAGAAGAGCUCGAAGCCAUCCCAGCCAACCACAACACUACAGUCAUCAUUCGCUCUCCGACACCAGCGCCUGUACCAGACACAGCAACAUACAUUGAGAAGCUUGAGGCAAUGAAGAAUGAAAAGGCAGAGGGGAAAGAUAAUCGCACAUUCCUGGCAAAAUAUUGGAUGUAUAUUGUGCCAGUCGUGGUCAUCAUGGUUCUCUCAGGAGGAGGACAAGAGGGUGGACGUUAACCCACAAUUUGCCUUUUGACAACACAUAGACAUUUGUUUCUUGUAAAGUCCUCAGCUGUAUUUUUUCUUUUAUUGUUAAUAUUAUUUUUGUUAUUGAAAAAUGGCAUAUUCAUUAUUCUCAUUACAGAUUUUUCAUAUUUGGACUAUUUUUAAUCUAAAGUUUAGCAUGAUAUUGGGAAAUCAUCUUCAAAACAAAUAGGCAAUAUGAUCUGAUAUGUAUAUACAGAAGCACUUUAUUUUAUUAUGUCUGUAUUUAAAAGAAAGGUACAAAGAACAUGUACUUGUUAGAAUGAGUAAUGCUGGAUGUAAAGUCUCAUCAGAAAGGCCUUUAACAGUUUAAAAUACAGGAAUAUGCAAGUUAUGUACAUGAAUUUCAGCCUUUGAUAAUCCACAGUACCGGAAACAAAAAACUCCAGCAUACUCCCAACAUCAGCUGUCAUCUUCCUCAAUAUGCAAUUCAUUUGCAUAUUAGACCAUUCUUUUUAAUUCUUCAUAUACAUGAGUCACAAAAUAUGUUUUCUAUUUCUUAAUAGUAACGAAUCAAGUUUACUGUUAUUGUAUAAAUAUCUUAAAUCUGACCUUAAAUGAAAAGACUAGAUUUGGCCAGUGAAGAUUUACAGUAAUUCUUUGUACAGUGAAUUGAAUUGUUGUUUAGAGUACAAUAAGUGCACCAUUCCCUGUUAUUUAUGUAUGGAUGCUUGAGUGUGUACAAGGAGCAUGUAGAAAUAAACAAAUUUUCCCUGAA